AUGGCAUCAAGAGCUCGCGUAGCUGUGCUUUACCAAAGUCUCGACCCUCCUAUUAUUGAUGGGAUUCAGAAACCAAAGAAGCCCGGAGGUUACAUGGACUCCGGCGCCGAUAUCGCCUACAACUUGAGCCUAUCACCGAACGUCGAUGUCAUCUGCCCUCACAAUGCUCCCAAACCAAGUGAACAAGCUGGAUGGUCGUUUCCCGAUACCGACGAUGGCAUUCUAGAGGCUGUCAAGAAGGGCGCAAGCCAUGUAUGGGCCAACACGAUCCUCUUCUCGUCGCAUCCUCUUCAAGUAUCAGCUCGUCUCGCGGAGCAUCAAGACCACAUUAAGGUUGUGGGGCGAGGCCCGUUGAUUGUUGAGCGAUACGACGACAAAGAAUUUGUUAACAAUAUACUGCGGAAAAUUGGCGGGUUUACUAUGCCACGAGCAUGGACCCUAAACGAGAGCCAAGACACUCAAGGGACUCUUGAGAAGCUUGACCUCCCUUUCCCGAUUGUCGCAAAGCCUAUACGUGGCCGUGGCAGCCAUGGCGUUCGUGCCUUAUUUAAAGAAUCACCCUCUAUCAUGGUGGAAGAAUAUCUUGCCGGCGAAGAGGCGACUGUUACGGUUAUGCCGCCUACAUCGAGAGGAGGUAGUUACUGGGCAUUGCCUGUUGUGACGCGUUUCAACCACAUCAAUGGCGUUGCUCCCUACAAUGGCGCCGUCGCAGUCACAGCAAACUCAAGGGCGAUAACCGCCACGGAGGGGAGCCAGGCAGCAAACAAACAGGUGGCAGAGGAAUGCGAAAUGGUGGCACAAGCGUUUGCGGCGACAGCGCCAAUUCGAAUUGAUGUCCGCAGAUUCAAGGACUCGGCCGACUCCAAGUUUGCCUUAUUUGACGUGAACAUGAAACCGGUUUGUCCUGUCCUUCCCGAAGCGCUCAAAGUGUGGCUAAAGACGUUUGUUUGCAGAACAUGA